AUGCGGUCGACCAUCUGGGCCCUGCUGGGCCUGGGUGUUGUAUUGCCCCAGGCCCUGGCUGCCGAUACGCUGAGCACCUCGGGUUUCAGUCUGUGCAUGCAGGAUUCGGCUAUCAAUGUGCAGAAACUCGAUGUCACCUAUACUAAAUCAACCAAGCUAGUGGUCUUCGAUUUGGCUGGUACCAAUUCGAAGGAACAAAAUGUCACGGCCACUCUGACGGUGACCGCUUAUGGCAAUCAAAUUUAUACAAAAACUUUUGAACCCUGCGGAACUGAGGUCCACGUUGCCGAGCUGUGUCCUGUUCCAUCGGGCGCAUUCAGUGCUAGUGGUAGUAUCAACGUUCCCGACGAAUAUGCGAGCCAAAUUCCCUCAAUCGCCUUCAACAUUCCCGACUUGGAUGGCCAGGCCAAGCUAACUCUCACCUCGGACGGCAAGAGCGUGGCAUGUGUGGAGUCCCAGCUUUCCAAUGGUAAAUCCGCCAGUGUCAAGGGUGUCGCGUGGGCAUCGGCUGGUAUUGCAGCGGGUGCCUUGGCCCUAAGCGGCCUGUCUGCUCUCGGUAGCGCUGGUAGCACCGGAGCACCCGCUUCUAGCCCUUCAGCCGGCGAUGUGAUGGGAUGGUUUGGCUCAAUGGCUAUGAAUGGCAUGCUGAGUGUCAACCACCCAGCUGUUUACAAGAGUUUCACCAAGAACUUUGCCUGGAGCACUGGGUUGAUCCCGUGGGCGAGUAUGCAGAACUCGAUUGACGACUUUCGAAAGGCUACCGGUGGAAACACGACCCAUAACAGCUAUAUCUAUCUUACCGGCCUGAGCACCGCGUCGUCGAAUGGGACCUCCGCGAAGCGAAGCCUGGAUUUCCUGUAUCGUGCCGCAGGCUUGGUGGCACGAUCUGUAGAUGUGUCCGAAUCGAGUACCAACAGCACCUCCAACUCCACCAGCAGCAGCUCUUCGGGUCUCACCGACUGUGGUUCCUUGAAUUUCUCCACCCUCAAGUGUUAUGGUGAGGAGGUUAUGAUUCCCUCGGCAAACAUUUUCAUGACCGUUCUUCUUGUCUUCGCCAUCGUGGUUGCUGUCGUUGUCGUCGGUAUCCUUUUGCUCAAGGUGAUUCUCGAAUUGUGGGCGCUCUACGGCAGCUUCCCCAAGAAGCUCUCCAACUUCCGCGAAGACUACUGGGGAAUCAUGGCACGUACCAUCACCAACAUGAUUCUCGUUCUCUACAGCAUCUGGGUCUUGUACUGUGUCUACCAACUGCGGAAUGGUGACUCGUGGGCUGCCAAGGUCCUCGCUGCCGUGACAUUGUCCGUCUUCACUGCACUUCUGGCAUUCUUCGCCUGGCGCAUCGUUUACCUGGCUCGCAAGUACAAGAAGACCGAGGGUGACACCACCGCCCUGUACGAGAACAGGGAAACCUGGCGCAAGUACAGUCUGUUCUACGACAGCUACAAGAAGGAUUUGUGGUGGCUGUUUAUCCCGGUGAUUGUGUAUGCCCUCGCCAAGGGAUGCAUCAUUGCCGGUGCCGAAGGACACGGUAUGGUCCAGACUAUUGGUCAGCUGGUUAUUGAAUGCUGCAUGCUGGCACUGCUAUUGUGGAACCGACCCUAUGCUACUAAGUCAUCCAUGGGAAUCAACAUGACGAUUCAAAUCGUGCGAGUCUUGUCCGUCGCCUGUGUGCUGGUCUUUGUGGAGGAACUCGGUCUCUCCCAAACUACCAAGACUGUGACCGGUAUUGUGCUGAUCGUCGUCCAAUCCGGUCUGACCGGUGUUCUUGCCAUCCUCAUCGCAAUCAACGCUAUCAUCGUCUGCAUUCGGGAGAACCCUCACGCCAAGAAGCUCCGCGAAGCCGGUAUGACCUUGAUGAUCUCACCCCCUCUCGAUGCUCGCGAGUCUCUCCUCAUUGACCACCCGCCGAAGCGCGACUUCACCGAGAUGAGCAAGUUCAACUUCAACGCUCCCUACGAGGCAUACCGGGACCACCCCGUUCACAGACCCAACUCGAAUAGCAGCAACGACCGCCUGGUGUAUGCCGACUAUGGCGUCGCACAUGGCCGCAGUCACAGCCAAGAAUCCCGGUCUUCGAUCGAGGGCCGGAAGCCAACUGCCCCUGGCUAUGGCAUGGCCUAUUAA